AUGACUAUUUUUCCUGUUUUGUCUACAAAAGAUUAAAAUGGAAAUGAAGCCUAUUAAAAUUUAAGUUUUAUACCAUGCGAUGACCCUGACUUAUAAGACUAUUACUGUGUAGACUUUUCAAAUGUUAACUCAAAUAAAGUGAAUUAACCUUUCUUAACAUAUUAUCCUUAUGAUAAUCAAAAAUAAAAAUUAUAAGUAAUGAUGCUCUAUUGCACUAGCUAACUAGAGUAUCCUGGUACAGUUUGCGCUACUCAUGAAGAAACAUAAAAAGAAAUUAUUAACUUUAAGACUUAGGUAUAUACAAGAGUGACAAGCUAAUAGUAUAAUCCAACAACAAGGUCAUUUGAAAAAAAAAUAAAGCUUGAGUAAUUUUAUUUGUCAGACACUUUGGUUUUUUUAGGUAAGUUCAGCCUAAAAAGUACCACUACUACAAUAAAUGAAGGAUUUAUCAUUUAAAAGUAGAGCUCUUAUACAUAUAUUUCAGAUUACUCAAAAACUAACGGGUACAGUACCUUUACAUUUUAAUAGACUUAAAAUAAUUUAGAUAUUAUAGGAGCUUGCUUUUUUUAUUUAGAUGAAAAUGGUAGAAAUGAAUUUGUAUAAUUUGUAUAAUUUCCUAGUGUUUUAGCUCAAUUUGUAAGCGUUUUUAACUCUCUUUUAGUUGCUGGAAUAAUAAAUACAACUUUUUACAACAAGAUUAAGCUAUUGAUCUUUUCGAAAGGAGGAAAGAUUAAAAAAAAUGAUCCAAAAUAAGUUAAAAUCUUUAAAAAACUUAUGGAUUCCUCAAUAGAUCAGAUAAAUAUUUAUGAUAUAUAAAAAGAGAUUUUAAAGCUAAAAAUGAUGGUAAGAAUGAGUUUCACUGUUGAGCAAUAUGCAGCUCUUUAGCUUUGUGGUUUAAGAAUUAUUUUAGAUGAAAAUAUUCCAAAUGUGGAAGAAUCAAUCUUAGAAAAUAUAUAAAUGAAGGAGGAUUUAUUCAAAAAUACUGAGGAAGAAGGUAUCAAGCAAAAGAAAGAAUAAUCAAUUGAAAUGGAGUUAAAGCUAAAAGAAAAUGAAGUUUAGGUUAAAUAGUAAGAAUAUUAGUUAAAUCAAAUAGAAUAAUAGGUAUAAAAAUAAUAAAAAUUAAACUAAGAUAAUUAUUUAACAGAAAAUGCUGAAAAUUAAGAAAGAGAAAAUAUUUAACAUGAAGAAAACAAUCUUAGCAAACCUUAAGAAAAACAAAAUACAAAAUUAGAAUUUGAAGAUAAUAUAUUUAAAUUAGAUGAAAAAAAUGAUUAGAAAUUUAAAAAAUUGAAUUUCAAAAGUAUUGCACUUAAUCAUCUUGAAAAAAUAGAAAGACUAGAAAGAGAUAAUACUUAUUUAGAAUAGAAAAUAGAUUAAUUUUUUAAUUAAAAAAAUUUUAAAACAUAAUUGGACUAAAGGAUACUUGAUUGUCUUAUAGGUUAUAAGUAAUAUAAAUUAGAUACACAAUCCUUCAUACCAAUUACUAAAAGUUGUAAAAUUAACAAGUGA